CAAAAACAAAUAUUCUCUUCUACUUGAGCUUCUUCCUUCAUAACGCACUGGGCGUAGAUGAAGGUAGAAAGAUAAAAUAAGAAAAGAAAAAUUGAAAAAAAGAAGAAAAGAAGAAAAGAAAAAGAGAGCAUAUCAUGGCGAAGGGACAACAAUUAGAAGUGCUAAAUGCACUUGACGUUGCAAAGACGCAAUGGUACCACUUCACAGCAAUUGUGAUUGCUGGUAUGGGAUUCUUUACAGAUGCAUAUGACCUGUUUUGCAUCUCUUUGUUGACCAAGCUUCUUGGUCGUAUUUACUAUGACACUCCGGGAUCUGGUAAGCCAGGAGCAUUGCCUAUCAAUGUCUCUGCUGCUGUUAGUGGAGUUGCUCUUUGUGGUACCCUAGCUGGCCAACUCUUCUUCGGUUGGCUCGGAGACAAGAUGGGGAGGAAGAAGGUGUAUGGUAUCACCUUGGUUAUGAUGGUUGCAAUGUCUAUUGCCUCUGGUCUCUCCUUUGGGAGCUCUGCCAAGGGUGUUAUGACAACACUUUGCUUCUUUCGCUUCUGGCUUGGAUUUGGUGUUGGAGGAGAUUACCCUCUAUCUGCAACAAUCAUGUCUGAGUAUGCUAACAAGAAGACUCGUGGAAGUUUCAUCGCUGCUGUCUUUGCUAUGCAAGGCAUGGGUAUCUUGGCCGGUGGUAUUGUCUCUCUAAUUGUUUCAUCCGCAUUUGAGGCCAAAUUCAAGCCUCCCCCAUUCAAAGUCAACGCUAUUGCCUCCCUCCCACCAGAGAGCGACUACAUUUGGCGUAUUGUCUUGAUGUUCGGGGCCAUACCUGCUGCCACAACAUACUAUUGGCGUAUGCAGAUGCCUGAGACUGCCAGGUACACCGCUCUUGUGGCUAAGGAUGCUAAGCAAGCAGCUUCAGACAUGUCCAAAGUCCUAAAGGUUCAGAUUGAUGCAGAGGAGGAAAAGGUUGACAAAAUAGCAAAGAGUGAGAGGAACCAAUUUGGGUUGUUCACUAAAGAAUUUGCUAGACAAUACGGUGUUCGCCUUCUAGGAACCACCAGUACAUGGUUCUUACUCGACAUUGCAUUUUACAGUCAAAACCUUUUCCAAAAAGAUCUUUUUAGCUCCAUCGGUUGGAUCCCACCAGCAGCAGAUAUGAAUGCAAUCAGGGAGGUGUAUAUGGUAGCAAGAGCUCAAACAUUGAUCGCCCUAUGUGGAACCGUCCCCGGCUAUUGGUUCACUGUCGCUUUCAUAGACGUCAUUGGACGUUGGUGGAUUCAGAUGAUGGGAUUCUUUUUCAUGACUGUUUUCAUGUUUGCCAUUGCCUUCCCCUACAAAUAUUGGCAACAAAAGGAGAACCGUAUCGGGUUCAUUAUUAUGUAUGGGCUAACCUUCUUCUUUGCCAACUUUGGUCCUAAUGCCACAACCUUCGUGGUUCCCGCAGAAGUCUUCCCGGCUAGGUUGAGAUCUACUUGCCAUGGUAUAUCUGCAGCAACUGGAAAAGCCGGGGCUAUAGUAGGAGCCUUUGGAUUUGUGUACGCCUCGCAAGAAAAGGAUCCGGCUAAGAGAGAUCAUGGUUAUCCCGCCGGUAUUGGGAAGAGUAAGUCUCUUAUCGUGCUCGGUGUCAUCAACUUUAUUGGUAUGCUUUGCACUUUAAUGGUUCCCGAAUCUAAGGGUAAGUCACUUGAAGAAUUAGCUGGCGAGGUUGAGGUCGAUGACGACCGCAGAGGAUCCGCUUGAUUAACAUUGCGGUGAAUUGGAGCUGUUGCCUACUUCUUAAUUAUCAGUUGUUCGGCUCCAAUAUUUCUCUUGUUUGCUACUUCAGUUGCUUUAAUUUGUUGAUUGUAUUGAGCUACAAUGUUGAUUUGGGCAAUUGGGCUCAAAUAUUUUAUGCUAUUUUUUUUGUUGUUAUUGUAUUAAUUUAUUUGAUUUACUAUCAAAACGUGGCUUAUGAAUUUAAUGAAAUUUGAACUAAACUUUUAAAACUCUCUGUCCACUC